CGCUGUUACGAGCGGCGCGAGUCGGUUCUUCGUCGGUGCCAGUAGGCUGCUUUGCGAGGUGGUUGGUUAUGUGAAAGUCGCGCAGUGUAUCGGCGAGCACACGGCAGUUCGUUGCGUGAGUGUGCCUGAAUAACGAGAAGCGAAAAGAAGUAGCAGUUGGCCUUAUACCGCCGUCAUCGCCAUUCGACUCCGUGCACUUCGCUGCUGAUUAUCACACGUCGUAACAUAACCUUUUUUUCGCAAAAGAUGAACGCUUCGGAAGGAAUUCACGCGCACAUGGAUCACGGUAUGCACCAUGAAGAUAUGAAUCACGCCAAAAUGGAUCAUGGGAGCAUGAAUCACGGUAAUAUGGACCAUGGUGCCAUGAACCAUGGAAGUAUGGAUCACGGCAAUAUGCAUCAAGUUGCCUCCUCGAUGAGCAACGCAUGUGGCGACAUGGACAUGCAUGGGCAUGGUAUGUCGAUGACUUUUCACACCGGUUUCUGUGAGUCGGUGCUAUUCGACAACUGGAGAAUCACGUCGAUAGGCGGCCUCGUGGGUUCGAUGAUCGGUAUCGUAAUCAUGGCAGCCCUCUACGAAGGCCUCAAAUAUUAUCGAGAAUAUCUAUUCUGGAAAACAUACAACUCCCUGCAGUACAGGAGUGUUACAGUACCUAGCGAAAAGAACGUCGUGGCCGAAGACAAUCGGGUUGUUCAUAUGGUUGGAGAAGUAAUCCAUAAGCAACCGCCAACCAUGCUGUCAUGGAUGCAUUUCUUCCAAACGCUUCUGCAUAUCGUGCAGAUAGUCUUGUCUUACUUCUUGAUGUUGAUCUUCAUGACGUACAACGUUUGGUUAUGCUGUGCCGUAGUGUUGGGUGCUGCCAUCGGUUACUUCCUAUUCGGAUGGAAAAAGUCAGUAAUUGUGGACGUUACUGAACACUGUCAUUAGCAUUUAGUAAAUUACUUCAAUCAGGUCAUUUCGUGCAGACUGCAAUCUGAAGUUACAACGCGUACAUUAUCUGGCAGAAUAUUAGAAAAUUAAGAGCGCUUUCUCGCGUUUCACGUACCAAGAGUGUUUAGAGAAUUGGCCUUUUUUAAAUUUAACAUUACAUAUAGCACAUAGCAAAAAAAAACUUUUCUAGAUUAAGUUUUAGAUUUUCAUUGUCCUUUGUUUUUAUUCUUAGUAUCUUAAUUUUGGUUUUAAUAUCAUUUUUAAAUAAUUUUGCCGCGUGAAACUCUACCGUAAGCGAAUAAGUUUCUAUCAAACAUAGUAAUAUCUCGCUGUUAUUAUGAAAGUAAUACGAGAUAACUUCGCAAAGUCUCAGCUUCCACUGGAUACUUGAAUCUUGGUAUACAAGUAUAAUAUGUCUGAACUUGUAAAUAUUGUUAAGAUAUCGUGUAAGAAACGUGUCGUCGCGUAUGAGUGCACACACUUUCCCAAUUUUAUAUCAUUUUUACUGUCCAUUAUAUCAUUAUAUAAUUUUAUUGCUCUUAUUUUUUAGGGACGCUUAUAUUUAUCGAUAACUUCUUAAUUUUUGGGAAAGAGUGUGCUAUCGCAUCUUAAAUAAACCCAUGUAAAAACAUACCAUUACAAUAUAUUGUUACAAGUUAAGGUAUUAUAACAUGUUGUCAUGUAAAUGAUUGUUAUUUGUAAAAUAUCGCGAAAUAUAGCUUCACCAAAAACACCGAAGAAUAGCAAUGAAAUUUAAACAGAUCGGAAGAGUAUUAUAACUGUGACCUAUUAAUUUCUUUUUUAAAUUCUUGUCUCAUUCUCGUUAUUAUCGUCAGAUCUCAUAUUGAUAUUUUUACGAGAUGUUUGUUUGAUAAGCAGUAAGCAGAAAUAUUUCCUAAGAAGGGUAAAUGACGUUGGCGAGAAUCGAUUUAAACAGGAAUAUAGGCGCUUUUUAAACAAG